AUGGCUGAUGGGAAUGCGAUUGAUGUCAGAAGCAAGAAGCUUGGCAAAACUAGACCCAAACCAACAGAGUAUACAGAAGAGUUCCUGCAUCAUCUUCUGCCUAUUGAACAUAAUGUAAACCCAAAGUUUGAGGAUAUGCAGCAAGUAAUACGCAUUGCUCAAAAGUGGUUCUACUUGAACCCAGAAACAAGGAGGUUCUAUCUGCUGUCAAAUGAACCAAUUCCAUAUAGGUGCCAACAGUCAGAAAGAUUCAAGGUAAAAGGAAUGUUCAUGGCAAUGAUUAGGAAACCAAUUUUUGACACCCAUGGACAUGUGCUACAUGAUGGAAAAUAUGGAAUCUUUCCAUUUGUUUAUGAGAACAUUACUAAGAAAAAAAGCACAAACAAAGAAGCUGGAGCAGUGGAAAUUAAGACAGCUCAAAAAGUAAACAAGGAGGCAAUUAGAGCAAUGCUACUCAACAAAGUAAUACCAGCAAUACAAAGUAAAUGGCCUCCUCAUAUGUCUGAUGACAUAUUUAUUCAAUGGGACAAUGUUAGACCUCAUCAAAUUCUAAAGGAUGAGGAAUUCAUUACUGCAUGUCAAUUAAAUGGGUUCAACAUUCAACUCAUUUACCAACCAGCACAGUCACCUGACUUGAAUGUGCUAGAUCUUGGCUUGUUCAAUGUGAUUCAGUCUAUACAGUACCAAUCAUUCCCUAAGAACUUGGGGGGACUCAUAGACAAAGUCACAGAGGCUUAUGACUUGUUUAAUCCAAUACUAAACAAGUACAGUUGGAUAACAAUACAAAGUUGCAUGAUAGAAAUACUAAGUCAUCUAGGUGGGAAUAAUUUUACCCCACCACACAAAGGGAAGAAAAGGCUGGAAAGGCUUGAAUUGCUGCCAGAACAACAGGAGGUGCACAGGGAUUUGGUUCAACAAGUUGUUGAAUAUCUCAACACUUUAUUCAUACCAACAGGGGAAGGAAAUGAAGUGGAUGAAGACAUGCAAGUGGAUGCAGACGAAAGAUAA